CCCAAGCCAGUAUCCAAGACCAUGACCCCAUGGAAGGGACCUCAGGUCUUCCAGGGGAGAACCAAUUGGAUACUAGACUAACAAAAAAAGUAGUAACCAGACUCCAGUGACCUGUUUAACCCUGAAUGUGAGGGAUGAAAAGCAGCAGCCUUCUUGAAUGGGACAGUGCUUCAGUAGUCUUGGUAAUGCACAGAUAAGAUGGCUGAACAAAGGCAACGGGCUUUAUCCACAUCAGGAGAAGCAUUAUAUGAAAUUCUGGCUCUGGAGAAGGGGGCAACACAUGAAGAAAUUAAGAAAUCUUACAGAAAAUUGGCUCUGAAAUAUCAUCCUGACAAGAAUCCUGACAAUCCAGAGGCUGCUGAAAAAUUUAAAGAGAUCAACAAUGCUCAUGCGAUACUGACUGACCUGUCCAAGAGAAACAUAUACGAUAAGUAUGGAUCAUUAGGGCUAUAUGUGGCGGAACAAUUUGGAGAAGAAAAUGUUAAUGCAUACUUCAUGCUUUCAAGCUGGUGGGCAAAGGCCCUGUUUGCAGUUUGUGGCCUCUUGACAGGCUGCUACUUUUGCUGCUGCCUGUGCUGCUGUUUCAAUUGCUGUUGUGGACAGUGUAAACCCAAGCCACCAGGAGGAGAAGAACAUGAGUUCUGCAUGUCUCCUGAGGAUUUGGAAGAGCAAAUUAAGACAGACAUGGAACAAGAUGGAGAAACUCCAAUCAUACUUCAGCCGACAAAUGCAAAUGAGAAAACUCAACUAAUCGGAGAUGGCCAUCGCAGCUAUCACACAGACUCAUAAAGCAAGAGCAAGUACACUCUGACUGCAGUUCGCUCUCUAAGUAGGAAUGCCACAAAGAGGGUUCAGAAAAGCUAAUUGAAAAGCACUGUAAUUUUUUUCCAUAUUUGUAUUUGAUUUUUAAGUUAGGCAAAGAUAAUUUGAAUGUAAUUUCCUGUGGACGCAGACUCUUUAACUGAUGGGGCCUUCAAAAUGAACAGUCCCAUUCUCUGUGUUCUGCACUGAGAUACUUACCGUUAGCAUACUGUUAUACUGAUUAGCAUAUUGCCCUUGAAGGGGGUUAACACUUUUGAGCUCAAGCUAUCCCUUCAAUACAAUAAUAUUCCUCUUUCUCAUCUCCCCUUAAACGGAGCCCCCUUUCCUCACCUAAGCAAGAACUUUUCCUGAUUAGGGCUUUGAGUCCACUUAAGAAGGCACCAGUUCUGUCAUUGUCUGACAAUGUAAUGUUCUUAGUUUGCCACACAGUUUUAGGGUAGAGAUCAUUUAUAAUGCUAUUGCUUCCUUUGUGGAAACGAUGCAAGUGUUUUCAAUAGACAGCAAAGGAACGGUAGGUAUCAGAAAGGGUCUGACUUUGCCAAAGAGGGAGUGUUGCAUGACAGCACUAGUCUGCCUAGUAGACUGAAGCUUGCUGGGGAUGGGACCAGAGCAGUAAAGAAGCUGAGUCAGCUGUUCUCUGAUUGGCACAGGGCAUGAUUACCAACCCUAAGAGCUUAACGGUCAGAAGGCAGUUCAGCCUAAACCCAGGAGACUAAACUCCUAAUUGCAAUGCACAUGAUCUCUGUGUCUUGAUUCUGUGCAUGUGCAUUACAGCACCUGCACAGGAGCAGAAGCAGGAGACCGGCAGGAAAAUACCACACAGAUGUGGAUGGUUGAUGCUCCCUAUUUACCAGUUGUAAGACUUGGCGGCAGCAGCAUCUCUCCCUCAUCUUGGACUGACCAAUUUGAGACACAUAUCAAAGUUCUGUUGUUGUUUUUUUUUUAUUGGGAGUAUGCCUGUGACCUCAUGCAACCCUUGGCUCCUCAAACUCCCUACCUUUCGGCUCCCUAACUCCUUUGGGAUGGGAUGGAAGAUGACCCUCAGCCGAGUCAACAGACAAUUGCCUGCCUGCCUACUUAUUCCCCUUACUGAUGGCUUUAUACUUGUUCUUUCCCAACUGUCCUACUGACAUGCAAAAAAUGGGCUGAGGGGUGGGGUCAGGAAUUGACAGGAAGAGAAGGAGGCAGUCAUGCUGAAAGGGCAAGAGGUAGCUUCCUGGCAGAGGGAGGCAGAGCAAGAUAGAACUUGCUUCUCUUAAUAAUCUUGCCUUGAUCCAGUGACCAUUUCUUCCACCCUCUGCUUUGCUACAAGUUUAUAAUACAUGUAUUGCACUUCAAAUCAUAUAAUUAUUACCCAAUCAGGUUUAAAUUGUAUUCCAGAAGCAGGCUUUCUUUGCUUUGUUUAACCAGCACACUGUUUUAAAAUAUUUCCAGCCCUGAUUCUGUGGUACUGACACGUCUUAGACAUGUAAACCAUUCUGUAUAGACAAAUUUCGGGCAAGUUGUAUGUUAAUAAUAAAUGUGUCCUUUAAUACACUUAAAGUUCCAUUUUAAGUCAAAAUAUAGUCUUUACUAGCAGUGCACUGCUGCACAAAACUCUUGUGGUUGAAAUUGUAAUUUAUGAAUGUGUAAUUUAUGAAUGUCUCAUCAGAGAGACAAGAAAAUAUUGUAUGGUUUUAAUUUAAAAUCUAGGGUCUGAUUCUUCUCUCUUCACUGAAGCAAAUAAAGUACAUCUCUUUAGAAGGCAAUGGAUUUAUACCAAGGUAAAACUGGAGCAGGUGGGAGGAGAAUCAGACCCCUAGUUUGUAAGAGCUAAAGCACUAGCUCAGAAAUCUUGAACUUAGCACUGCGCUGGUUUGACAUAUUAGCUUCGUCCUUCUGGGGUUUAUAUUCUCCUUACUGAAAAUAUUCCAUCAAUCAUUGUUCUGUGCAUUUGCUAUUGUGGUUCCUCUUUUCACAAUUCAGUCUUGGGGAGGAUGUAAUACGCUACUAAAUUAUAGAACCCAGGGAAUAUAUUGUUUGUCAAAAGUUUAAAUGGUUUCUAUCUUAAAAAUUGGAUUCUGUAGUUGUGAAACAUUUUCUUCCUCCUCUCCCCACCUUUCACAUCAAAUGCCAUUCAGCUGCAGCUAAACAUAAAGCUAAAAUCAGUAACUAUAAUUCCAAAGUCAUUAAAUACUACCUUCUUUAAAGCUCCUUUAAAGUUCCUAUGAUACACUGAUAUUUUAAACCCCCUUAAUACUCAGUUAGUAUAUAUCUCCAUAAAGCUGUGCAGGUAUUAUAGCUACUUCUACCCUUGUAAUCAGAGAUAGUACUCCAAUUUACUUCUAUCAGGCCCUAUGCUACCUGCACAUAUACAGCACAUACUUACUUCCCUUGCUCUAAUGCGUCAAGUUCUGUCCCAAGGAAUGCACAUUCAACUUCAACUGAUUUUAGUGGGAGAUGUAUACGCAUGUAUCUUAUGGAUAGAAUGCAGCCCACUGUAUUUAUAUACAUUCAUACAUCAUCAAACA